CUCGCCACCUAUAAAUACCGACAAGAGAACGAGCAGCGUUAUCAUUCUUUUCCUACUUCGUCUCCUGCAACGACCAAGAGCGAUCGGAAUGGCUUCGCGCUCCGUGAUUAAGGCAGCCGUCCUGCUGGGUCUGGUGUACGGCGCGGUAGCUGGCGGAGGCUACGGCUCCUCCGGCGGCGGAGGAGGCUUCAUCGGAGGAAGCCAUGGCGGCCUUGGAGGAGGCUUCGGAGGCCUCGGAGGAGGCCAUGGCGGCGUUGGAGGAGGCUUCGGAGGCCUCGGAGGAGGCCAUGGCGGUAUCGGAGGAGGCUUCGGCGGAGGCAACUUCAUCGGAGGAGGCGGCGGCCACGGCGGCUACGGCGGAGGCGUUGGCGGCGGCAGCGUCGUCAGAGCGCGCCUGGUUGGAGUCGGCUACCUUCCCUCAGUCGGAGGCCACAGUGGCGGCGCUGGAGGCUUCGUCGGCGGCCACGGAGGAGGUGCUGGAGGUUUCAUCGGCGGCGGCAGCUCCAUCGGAGGCGGAUUCGGAAGCCACGGGUCUUCCGGCCACGUCAGCGGAGGAUACGGAUACGGCGGGAAAUGAGUGCGAGCGAAGAAAUAACUGAGGCGGCGUUUAAUCGAUGGCGUCCUAUUUAAUUCAAAUGAUGUGUUUUUGCAUGUCCUCUGCGUUUAGGAAUGGCGCUCGAAUAAAUGUCGUUAUCUUU